AGAGAGAGAGAGAAAAGGAGAGAGAGAGAGAUUUUUAUUGGAUGCCAAAGUUUGAAUCAGGUAAACGACACAAGUCCCACAACAAUCUCUCUCCUCAACAUACAGUAUAGAAUCUGAGCAUCUAGUCCGCUACUUUCGCUUCUGUGUCCGAUUCUAAAAAAGCUUAGGGUUUUACUCCAAAACUUGCAUUCACCAUCUUAGCUCUCGUCGGCCUCCGAUCUCUUCGUCGAAGGUUUCUAAUUUGUGAAUUAUAGACGAUAAUCCACUGUGUGUUUAGAGGAAUUUGGAUUUUAGAGUGAAUUUUUAUGAUUGUUGGGACUUGGGGUUUUUGGUCGUCAUUGUGGAUUAAGAAUUUAGCUUGGUUUUUAAGCUUUUGUUGGAAGGAUAAAAAAAAAUUGAAAUAUGAGGGCCUCAUGGGCAGAUUCUGUUGACAACGCAGCAGUUUCUGGAUCAUAUGAUAAUAAUGGGACAGGUGCAGGAGCUUCAGCUCCCACCAGGUCCUCUUAUGUUCCUCCCCAUCUUCGUAAUUGGCAACCUGCUCCUUCAUAUAGUGGCCCACCCUCUGGUAGUGAUAGGUCUGGCUAUGGAGGACCCACAACUGAAUUCCGCGGGGGUGGAUCUAGGUCUGACUAUGGACGCCAAGGAUAUGGUGGUGGGGGUCGGGGUGGCAGUGGUUGGGGUAGCAGAGGUGGUGGCUGGGGCAAAGCGCGGGAAGUAAAUCCAUUUGGUAAUGAUGACAUUGACGGCGAUGUGGAGCAUGCUAUUAGUGAGCAGGAAAAUUCAGGUAUUAACUUUGAUGCAUAUGAGGAUAUUCCGGUGGAGACAAGCGGGAAUAAUGUGCCGCCUCCGGUAAAUACAUUUGCGGAGAUAGACUUGGGGGAUGCACUGAAUCUAAAUAUUCGAAGAUGCAAAUAUGUCAAGCCGACUCCUGUUCAGCGUCAUACAAUACCCAUUUCUCUAGCAGGACGAGAUUUGAUGGCAUGUGCUCAGACUGGGUCUGGAAAGACAGCUGCUUUUUGCUUUCCAAUAAUUAGUGGAAUUAUGAGAGGAAAUUUUCAACAGAGACCACGUGGAAUGCGGACUGUGUUCCCACUUGCUUUGAUUCUAUCUCCUACAAGGGAGCUCUCAAUGCAGGUGGGCUUGUGA